AUGUUGCCGUUAAGACGAACACCCAGUUUCUCUGCACGGUCCACGAGUACACCAGUAUCGCUGAAAAGUCACAAUGGCAGUAAUGCCAAGAUUGCCCAUCAGCUUCCCGAAAUGCUGGAGUUUGAAUGGCCGGACUUGCCGCCAAUAGACCUUAUCAAAGAUGCUCUUACCAGAAACACAGUAAGUCGGGGGAUAAUGUACCUUCUUCCGGCAGAUAAGAGCAAAGCUUCUGUGGAAAAUAAAUACCGGACAGACCUUCGGGCCUUGUUUCAGGAGCCUUAUGUAGAUGUCACACGGAAUUUUCAAGAAUCAGAAUUGGUGAGAAGCUCGAAAGUACACUUCAGAAACGUUGUAGCCUCUCAGAGGCCAGCAAAAUGGGGAUGUGGCCCCGUAGAUAUUAAUGCUGAUUCAGAGAAAUGUCGACAACUUUAUCUUCACUCAGCUCCUUCAGGGGAAAGGUUGAAAUCUCCAGAAUUAUUAAAACAGAACAAAAGAAGAUCCAACCUUAUUUUACCGAUAAAGACCCCAAUUCCACCAGAAGCCGUCAGAAUGAGGAAAGAAGCAGAGAAAAUACUACAGUCGGUCAGGGAUGAGGAAGCUGACUACGCAGUUAGCGACGUAAUGAAAAAAGCAGACGACACAUCAAAACACAAAUCCUCCCGCGAGAAUCAACGAGACGUCGAUCGUAAACGUGUUGAAGAAAUCAUUAGGCUAAAAGUGGCACAAAACCAAUCCUUAGAGAAACACGAAGAGGACAUAAAAGUGUUUACAUCUUACUCGGAAAUCAAAGGCACAAAAGCGCCUAAAUCUGUGAUACCAGCCACAGUGCGUUCAGACUUUCUCACCUUUGGGCAGAACCAAGAAAUUUGGAACUGGUUGCAUCAUGGCGAACAGUUGUCAGAUUUCGAGUAUUUUCUAUCAGUGUGUGGUUAAAGAUCUGAACUGUUUUGCAGAAUGUACUCAUGGCUUGGUUUCAAGAAUACUACCGAAUGUUUGAAGGAUCUUUAUCAGUGACGUUACCUGUAGGACUACA